CCAUAAAAAUUGUGGGCCGGAAUAUUGGGCCGUUUAUGAGUAAACGGGGGCCCGGAUUGGUACCCGCCUGAUUGUCUUUCAGCACAAAACCUUCCGAGACUGAAGAGUAGAAGAGUCGAGGAUGGUGGGUGGUGGAGGAAACAAGAAAGUAUUGGCGAGUUUUGUGGUUUUGAUGUUUCUGGGAAUCGCGGUCUACUUUAGGCUUUGGACCAUCGAUUACAGAGUUUCUUCUGAUGAAACCGAGCUCAUAAGACGACAGUUUGACCUUGCUAAUAGAGAGGCAAUGGAUGAAUCUGCUGAGUGGAGGCUGAAAUAUGAUGUAGAAGCAGAAAGGUCUACCAAGUGUAUGAACGAACUCAAACAGAUGAAGGGAUCUCUUGAGGAGGACAGAAAUGCUGCUAAUAUCAAGCAGAAAUUGGUGAUGCUACAAAAGGAAAAUAUCGCCUUGGUUGAACGAAUGGAAGUCUUGAAACAAGAGCUUGAGGCUGAAAAGCUGAAGUGCAGCUUGCACUAGUUUAUAAGAUCAUGAUCAAUCUCACUGUGCAAUUUUUAUACACAUCCAAGAAACUAUUUCCAGAGCACAAUCUCCAUUUUGCAAGGUUGCUGCUUCCAUUGAUUAUGCGAGAGGGAGGUAUUUUUGGACUAGAUGUUGAUGCCCGUUGCAUCUCUGGUUUUGUGAUGCUUACCUGGAAACUGAGUUGUCUUCAUAAAUUUGCUGUGCUUUUCUUAAAGGACUAUACAAUGAUUUUUUUUCUUUUCUUUCCCCCUCACCUUAUCACUACGAAUUAAGUCAUAGUUUCUGUA